AUGGUCCUUGGUAAAGAUGGUACCAGAGCUCUUCAGCUUGAAGAAGGUGAUAUUAUCGAUUGGAUCAACAUUAAGAGUCAACCUGCUGUCGAUAACCCUUUACUCAAGAAUCACAAAAUCCAGCUGCAACCAACUUCAUUUCCAGCCGGGACAAAAGAAUCAAGUAAUCUUGUGACUGAUCCAACAUAUCAAACAUGGUGUAAGCAAGAAGCAUGCCCUUUUGGAACAGUUCCUAUACACAGAACCACAAAGGAAGACUUAGUAAUGGCCAAAACUCUUUCGCAUCACAUAUUCAAUAACAUCAGCAGUACUAAUGAUUUUGCCCCUAAUAAUCACAAAGUCUUCGUUAGACUAAACGAAACACGAGGUAUCAGAUCCUCUGGACUUUAUGGAAUGACUUCGGUAUACAAACCAAGUGUGGCACCUGACCAGUCUACUGCUGGCACUAUUUGGGUGGGAAGGGGUUUGGGUGACCAAACUAAUCUUCUUAUGGCAGGGUGGAUGAUUUCACAUUCAAUAAACGGUGAUGAUCUGCCUCGGUUGUUUGUGUAUUGGACUGUAGAUGGAGGCCAUAUAGGAUGCUUUAAUUUGCUUUGCCAUGGAUUUGUACAAGUAGAUCGAAAAUUUGCUCCCAAACGUACUAGGUUUGAGCCAUUGUCUACUGUAGGUGGAAAAACAUAUGAGGUCAAGUUUGCAAUUCACCAGGACCCCGUAACGGCAAAUUGGUGGCUUACAAUGACAGACUGGAAUAUUACAGUGGGGUAUUGGCCAAAGGAAAUAUUACCUCAUUUACGUGCAGGAGCAGGAGAAGUAGGGUGGGGAGGACUUACCAUGGCCACCGGUAAAGAUAGUCCUCCAAUGGGAAGUGGUCAGUACCCAGAUGGCACGACUAAUCAUGCUGCCUAUUUCAGGAACUUACAUUACUUGAGGGCUUGGAAUAAACCACUAGUUCCGUCAGAUAAGUAUCCUGUGUUCGAGUUUAUAGAAUCAACUGGCUGUUAUGGCUUACAGAAUGAUAAAGGUACUAGGCAGGGGUAUUGGGGUUAUAGCUUUCUCUACGGAGGACCAGGGGGCUCUUGUUAG